UUGUCUAUUCUACUAUUUAAUUGCAUUAUCUAAAAAGUAUACAUAUGCUUAAAUUUUAUAUCAUAUCAUCUUCAUUGCUUACCAUAUAAAUUUAUUUAUUUACUUUGGAGGUAUUUUGUUAAGGAUUUGGCGGUGGCCGAAAGAUUGUUAAUGAAGUGUUUAGAUGCUCCGAAUUAUUAGUUAUAAGAUAAGCAUUGCCACACUUUUAUGAAUAGGUAUUGUGGAAGAUAUUUGAGAGCCAAACAAUUCCACCAUCUUAAUAUAUACUCAGAAAAGGUUCAAGACUCUUGUGAGCGCAAUUAUAGAUUGAGAAGUUUUGCCACAAUAGCUAUUCAACAAGCCCUUCACGGGUUUUUGUACGUUGUUUAUGGGAAAUGUGAUGUGAGAUGUCUAAUGUUUGAGGUUUAUCAUAUUGAACAAGUUCAACCUAAAAGCAAUUUAUAUAUGAAGAGACAAUAGUGACAUCAAUGAUUCUUGAACUUUAGUUUUUGCUAUAUAUAUCUUUUUUUAUCUUUUUUAUCCUCUUGAUUUAGGUGAUCAACUUAAUGGUCGAGUAGGUGAAUUUAAAAUGUAAAUUACCUUAAAAGUUGAAAUGUAAUCAUCUACUAUGAUCAACCACUUACUUUUCUAGUCAUUGGGAAAGGAAAAUCAUUUCUACUCUA